ACCACCAAAAAAGCGCAGCAAAGGGCUGUGGGUGAACAGUAUUGACUGGUGCACAAAGAUGUGUGGCGGCUGAGUAGGUGCUAAAAUUUACACUGAUUUAUUUUUUAAAAACUCUUGCAGAUUAUUUCUGAGGCAAGGAAAAAAAAAAACACGCCUAUAGAUUUAAAAAAAGAGCAGGAAAAGAUGCACAUGCACAAUUUUAGCUGAGUUUUUAAAUUCAGGGGCAAUGACUGGGAAGGCAGCCAAAACCAACUGAUGAAGGAAAAAGGCAUGAAAGAUGGGAAGCAGACAUAAUCCCCAAAUGCUGCUUUGCUGCUUCCUGCACAGGAAAAGUAAUGCAGUGCUUCAAUCUCUCUAACCUAUGGUGGUGGUUUAAUUUUUGUUACAAUUUUUUUUGGCUACUAAGUUCUUCAGGCAUGGCCACCUAUGAAGGCAGCAUCCAAUGAGUGGUUCUGAAACAUAAACAUGGUGAAAGUUUUCAGUUCUGGCCAGCUGUGGUUAACUGAUGAGCACCCUGGCCUAGAGAGACAUGCAAUUCGCACUCUCCUUUUAAGCUUUUUCCUUUAUGCAGGGGUUGCUAAACUGUAGCUCAAGUGCAGCUGGUGCUACUGCUUUUGCUGUAACCAACAAUAAGACACUAUUAACGUGGAGGCUGCUUGAUAAUGCACUUGUGGGAGAAAGCCAGCUUGCUAGGGCCAGUAAGGUUUCCAGAAUUGUUGAGAUUUGGCUGCACCCAACACCCCACCCACCCCCAUUUCUUAAUGGUUCUGAAGACCUGUGGGAUGCUCAUGUCGUUCCCCUUCAGUGAUGGAGAACUCUAUUUUCUGAGAUAUGUGGAAUAUAUCUUAUUGGGACAGAAAGGGUGGUCUCUUCUCUUUCAGUUCUCCAUUGUAUUUAAGACAACAUACUGUGGGCCCAGAAGAAAAAGCAAAACAAAAAAACCCCUACGAUGUGAAACUUUUUGUGAAUAUAUUUUAAUUAUUUCAAAUACAUUUGCCUAAUGGCAAAUAGUGAAAGUUGUUUCAAGUUUUGUUUGUUCCUCAUUUUUUCAAGAAUUUCACAUUUCCACUAUGGGCUGUGUGGUGCUUCAGUGCAGCUCCUUGUUAGCAAAAACAUCAGGAUGUGCACCUAUGCCUCGGAAGCACAUCAAACCUGUGGUUUUCUAAGGAUAUUGUGUAUGAAACACAACCUGACAGGUCUCCUUUCACCUCUGUCCUGCAAGCUGAUAUACUUCAUCAGAUACUCGAUGCCCUGCCUUUGCAUGGUAAUUUACCUCGUAAAAUUUCAGAUUUUUUUUUUUUUAAUACAUUUUGUUCAAACUUCUAAGGUAUGUAGAUACCUCUGACUUACCUUUGAUGUUUUAGAAGCACUAUCCUUUGCUACAAAGCAAAAAAAUUGCCAAAAUAUUUUUAAUUUAUGUGUUUAUUAUUAUCAUAGGAGAUGGUAGCUCUGGGCAUGACACGAAGUGCCACUUUAUUUGAAUACAGUAACAGUCCAGAAAAUUUACAAUGAAGUAUGAGGUUUGAGUUACAUGUAGGCAAAGCAGCACAAUAAUACUGUGUCAUCACUGGCCCAAGCCGAACUCUUGCUGGCUGCUAGCAGAUGUUAUCACUAUUCAGUGAGUCAGCUGAGUACUUGUACAUCUUCUGGGCCCUAAUGUAGAAAGGGGAAAUGAGUAGGAAGGUCCAUGGUUAAUAGUCUGCAGUGAAGUCAGAUUGUCCCAUCAGGGAAUGCCGCUCUUAAAAGUGUUACAAAAUUAUAAUGUAACCUCAAUUCCAAAGAUUUAUCAAGAAUGAAGAAACCCAGAGCGAGGUUGGUUUUAAUCUCUUCAUAAAACUGGAGCAUAGUCUUACACAAGGCAGUGGUGUUACUUAACCAUCUUUGGCCUGGUCCUUUACGUGCAGCUGUUACUUUACAAUAGAGAUUCACACCUAAAGGAGCUUCUUCUCCUGUUAAAACCUUGCUCAGUUUUACAGCCCCCUUGGGUAAAUUUUGUGAAUCUGUGAGUGGGACAAGUCUCAAGGGAGCUGUGUGAAGGGGAGGCUUCAGUAGAUGGCACUCUCCCUCUGAGUGAGGAUGCAAAUACCUCUGCCAGUGAGUCUGAUGCAGUGAAAGUAAUUUCCUUUAUACUCUACAAAAAUUGCGAUGAACGCAGACAAAGCUCUGCUUAACUAUGCAAUGAAAUAACCCGUGGCAGUUUUUCACAAAUCUGGAUCUAUCAAGUCCUCACAUCUGGCUUUCUCCCUGCUUAAAUAACUAUACUCUGUUUCUGUUCAGCCUGAAUCCCUCCUGAAAACGUAAUGGUGAAUAUAUACAUAUAUAUACACACACAGACACACACACACACAUUUAAAAGAUACAUAUAUCUAUUACAUAUAUAAAAAAUACAUUUAAGAGAGCUUAGUAAUAAUAUAGGUUACACACAUCUGACGCAGGGUUUAGAACUGUUCUGCUUGCUCAACCAUUCUUUUCUAAUUCAUGAUUUUAUUUUACUAUUCUGUCAAUGGUAGAUCCCAUUUAAGAACUUAAUACUUUGGGUUGUUGAUUGGUUUUUGUUGUUGUUUUGAAGCCACAAAAUUUCACAGAUCCAGUUUAGAGCAAUCUCACUGAAUUAGUGCAAGCAAGGAGGCCUUAACUGCAGGUAUGGGAACAAUAAAGACCUGCUAGGCAUUAGGUGAGCUAUCGCCUUUUAAAUCAAACUUGUUGCUAACCAAGCACUAGUGCACAGCCGUCAUCUUACAGCUUUCUAAACUACGAUAUUUUCCUCACCCCUGAGCAGAAGGGUGAGAGAGCGAAAGACAUACGUGUAAGACAAAGGUUGCAAUAAAAGAUUACACGGGACAAAUUCAUAAAAUGCAAAUUGAAUUAGUUUCAAAUUCUUAAAAGUUUUGGAUUAUUGAGUAAUAUAAGUAUAUUCUUUCAAUUUACUGCUUUUUAAGCAUUCCUUUAAGCAUCUAUUUUCUUAUUUGACUGGCACACAAGUCAAAUAAGACUCCAUACUUUCUCAAUCCCUGCCUCUGUCCUACACGCCCCAAAAAUCUUUUCCACUGAUUAAGAUCACAGUACUUCUAAAAUCCAGAACCUGAAGGUAUAAUUUUCUUCCUUUAAGAGGUAAGCAUUUGCUACCAUAGCUCAAAUAAAGCUGUUGACAUCUGUUUUUUUUCAAUAUUCAUGUCAGAGCCUGAGGGUUUUUCGGGCCUCUUAGGAUGAAGAAGCCAUCAGUAACGUAUGAAAGAGGAGUAUAAAGAGUAUUUAUGUACAUCUCUCCUGUACCAGUCAACUUCUGAGCCAUCAAAAGUCAUGCACCAUUACAAGUAGGUAAAGGAACUUCUAUUACAAGAAGUGGUUCAAGCAAUGGCAUGCUGCGUGAGUGAAAUGGCAGACAAAUUUAGCAAAUAAAUAGAUUUUCUGUUCUUAAUUCAAACCAAACCUGCUGCAAGUGUUGGAUACUUAAGGGCCUGUGCCCAAAAGCAGCAUUUUCUGUCCUUUGCAGAGAAACUACACAGCAGAUAAAAUGCUGGACCAGGGGAAGUUCUCUGUUGAAAGUGCCACUUGGCUACAGCAUUCCUCUGUUUUUGGCAAAUAGAUUUAAACUUCCAAAUCCAAAUGCAUUUUACACAGAAUUCCAAAUAGUCUUCACACAGUAAGUUUACUACUUGGAAGUCAUGUUUGCACAUGACUGAAUGGAAAUGGUUUGGAGAGACUUUUUUUAAACACUUUACAAAGGAACUGAUUUUUUCCCCUUUGGAAAAAAAAUCAGGGUGUGGGACUUCUACUAUUUACAACACGUUCUUUAGAAGAAUAAAAGCAAAAUGGUUUAACACUAUUAUUGUUCUAAUUUUUUUCCCCUUCUGCAGUCCUGUGCUGACAUUUUGUUCAGUCAGAUAAGGAAAUAUAUCUAGGUCAUGAAACUAAUCAAAAACAGUGGGUUUAUGGUCACAACCCUUACCUUUACAGCAGCUAUUGUGAGUUCAAAGAAAGUUCAAGGACCCACAAACCAGCCUUCUACACUAGCUUUCAAGUAGUGGUUUCCUGACUGAAUCAUCAAACUAAGAGUUGGGACACCUGAGUUUUAUGCCUUUAGGCAAAUUAUAGCCUAAUUUUCAGGUGUGGUGGAUUUCUUUAACUCCCAUUUAUUUCAAAUGGAGUCACAAGAGCCCAGCACCUCUGAAUCUUGGUUUUAAACCAUUUUGGGAAUACCUUCCUUACAGAUACAUUGGAAAGCUCUUUUGAUGUUUGUAAUACAUUUUGAAAUGCUUAGUAAAAAUGUGUUAUAGAAAUACAGUCAUUACUACCAAGUGUGACAUUGAAACAGUUCUGUUUUUUUCCUCAUCUCCAUGCAGUACAGUUCAAAUGACCUUAAAAAAAAUCCCACGACAGCUAAACCUUACAGUUCCGUAGCCAGGACAGAGUGAGAGACAGGAGGCGAAUGCUAUGAGUUCCCAGGGAUCUGUAACCUCACUGCUUUUAGGAUGGAAGCUGAAGGGUGGAAGAUCAUGAGCAAAAGGUGAAAAGCAAGUGGUGACGGAAGCAGGACCUGACGAUCACAUGGUUUCCUUAUAUUUUAGAAGAUCCCUACUGGAAGGAUCCAGAAGACAUGGUUUUGAAAUAUCACCACUUGGUAAGGACCCUCUGGAAGCCUUGAGGACCUUAGCCUUUUCAGAAAACCCAGGUUUACAGCAAUCUGCUGCCCUCUAUUACUUGCAUAUGAGUCAGCACAUGAAUGUCCCCCUGCCUGUGGAGCAUCUGGAACCCUUCUACGCCUUACUACGGUCUGCUGACCUGGAGGUGCAGCAGAUGUCUUCCUUGUCCCUUGUCAACUUCUUGCUGGAAGGAAAUAUUGACAAAGAAUUAGUUGUCCAAAUGGGUUUACUUGAGCCAAUUCUGGAUCUGCUUGAGUCAGAGGAUCCCACUGUCCAGUGUAAUUCCUGUGCCUGCACCAUGACUUUGGCUGUUUCAGAGUCCAACCGAGAGGCUAUAGGCGCUGCUCAAGGAGUUACACCCCUACUGUCUCUUGCCAGUUCCUACGAUCCUAGAGUCCAACAAAAUGCAGUUGGGGCUAUUUUCAACCUCACACAAUCAGAGAAAAUCCAACAGGUCCUAUGCAAGGAAGGAGCCCUACCAGUUCUUGCCUUGCUUCUUGAAUCUCCUGACUCAGAAGUGCAGUACUACAGCUGUGCUGCCCUAAGCAAUGUGGCAGCCAAUGUUCAGCACCAUGAAGCCAUGCUGAGACCCAGCAACAGGUUCCUGCUCCAGACACUCAUCUCUCUCCUAUCCUCUUCUGUGGACAAGGUUUCAAGCCAGGCAUGCAUUUGCCUAAGAAAUUUGGCUACUAGUGCAGACAUCCAGGCCGAGAUGGUUGCUGAGGAUGUCCUGCCCAAGCUGUGUUCUCUCCUGACAUCGGGAAGCGAAGGCGUGCGUCGUGCCUCCAUCGCUCUGCUCUGGAUACUGUCCCAGCACCCGCACAACCAGGACACUCUGGCGUGUGCUGAGCUACUACAGAGCCUGGGGAUGCUACUGGCAGCGCAUAAAACAGACCCUGUGAUUGUUGGCCAUACUGCUUGUAUCAUCAAAAACCUGAGCCUUUCCAAAAACAUACAGAGAAUCAUUGAGAGCCCAUGUGUUGAAGGUCUCCUCCAGACCAUGCUUUCUGCUGACGUUCAAGAAGACUCUCUUUGUUAUGUGACAUCUUGCCUCGCUGAGCUGGCAAAGCAAGAAGGAGCCACGUUACACAUGGUCCAAUGGAUGGAUGAACCCUUGACAAAGUGCUUGGUGAGACUGGCUGGCCAACUGGAACACACGGAAUCAUCCUUUCAAGCUGCCUCCAUCAUCCAGCACAUGAUAGGUCACGAAAAAAUGAUGCUUUUGUCGAAGCGUCACAUCGGAGAGAUUCAGGCCUACCUCAAGAAUUUUCUUACCCACCAGGAGAUCCGCUUUCAGCAGCUGGGCAUCUCUACGUUCUGCAGACUGCGACAAGAUCCAGAAUUUUCAUUCGUAUUCAGAAAAAGCCAAAUGGCCAAACUCCUCAAGCAAGUCCGUCAACAAAUGGAAGAAACUCAAGAGCUCCUUAGGGCAGCUAUUUGCCAUGAAGACAGUUAAUAUUUAAGCCGGAUGGUUUAUGAAAACUUACCAGAUCCAAGAGCCUGAACUUUCAGAGAAGACAACUCUUUUCAUUGGUUCCUGUACCUAAACUUUUCCUGCUACUUGCAGUCUCGUCAUACAGGAGAGAUGUUUCGAUAACAAGAACUGGAGCAGGUCAAAAGACAAUCCCUUGAACGCUUUGGCUGGCUGCUUAAGUAUGCUUGAGGACUACGGCUGCAUUCCUUCCAACCGUUCGGAAAACGCCUGUUAUGCUUGGGUAAUCUUCCAUGGUUUGCUUUUGGUUUCCUUCCCUCCAUCCCCCCAAAAAACCCCCAAACAAUGCUGUAUUCAUGAGGUUUUCUUCAUGUAACAGGCUGAUUCUACUUAAGAAGCAUCUCUCAAGUAUGCAGGUUACACUGCAUUCAUCUUUAUUUUAUUUCUGUCCCAUGUACCUUAUUUCAGAGCACACUCCAGGGACUUGACUUUGGAAAAUAAUUGAAUUAACACAUAGUGUAAAGGUAGCAAACCACUAACAGGUUACUACAGGAAGUAACUGCUGAGGGACAACUCAGAAAUUGCAAGAAAUUUAUAAGAAACAAGAACAGAGCAAGCCUUAAGGCUGGUCCUUGCCUACACUGUAGGCACUGCUCCCCAGCAGAAGAGCGAAGGUGCGUUGAAGCAGGUAAAUGUGGCACAGAGCACGUUCAGCAUAUAGCAGCUACCAUGAAGGACUUGGGCGAGAUGUGUCUGAAUACAGGAAUCUGCAUUCUGCAAAUGGUAAACAUUUCCAAAGGUACUUACAACAGGGAAAAAGUGAGCAUAUUUGGCAAAAUUAGGAAUUGAUCUUAUAUUUUGAUAUUUCAUUUUAAAAGGAGUUAAAGAACAACAAAAAAGUAGUGAUAUGUUUAAACUCAACUGAUUUCCUUACAUGUAUACAGGAUACUGAACAACCUUCCCUUCCCUCUCCUCCAGGGGGAAGUCUGUCUUGCAGACCUUUUUGCCAAUCAAAACAGUAUUUUUCAGGAAAAAAAAAAAUUGUAGCAGAGCCUUGAAGUUAUGGGGCACUAGUUUUUUAACUUAGGUUUUCAUUUGUAAGAGAAUCGUAAUCUAAUAACAGUCAUCUAUUAGUAAUCCAGUUCCACCUUUGAUCAAUACACUCUUGUUUUUAAAUACAAGAAUCCUCCUGGAGCUUCAUAUUAAAUUGGCUGGAAUAUUGUAAUUUUGGAACCACUCUUAUGGCAAGCAUCUGCUUCCACAGACAGCACAGUUUCUUAUGAAAAUAUGUCAGAAGAGUUUCCGCGUCUUUUGAGGUACCUCUGACCAUGGUGUAACUCCUACAUGCAUAUAUAGCUUUAGAACUGCCACUGGCUACAAACAUGGAGUAAAAGUGAGAUUAAAAAUAAAAAUAAAAAAAAUCAUUCUGUCAACUAAGAGCUCAACACUACGUUUUACUGUGGCCCAAAUCCCUAAGCUUAAGUUUUGGUACUUGGGGGAGGCAUUUCUGUUAACAAUUCCUUUUAAUAACUGCAGGUUCUCUCCAGUAGUACUGUUUUAAAAACACCACCCAACCAAUAACACACUCAAAAGCCUCUCUGCAGCACAGUAACAAGACCUGUUAAAGAACAGGGCAGACAGAGACUUCAGCUAGAGCAGGAUGGCAUUUUCAAUAUUCAUGUAUGACAGGAAUUUUCUUUUGAAAUCUCAGGUGGAAGGCCCAUGUGCUGAGCUGUGGACAGCUGGGCUUAUUAAAACAGCUGGUAAAAGAACUGAACUGACACAACUAGGAACAAAAUCAGAAAGUCUCAAACUUCAGGCCACCUCCUUGGGUGACACUAGGUCAUUUUCCAAAAAGAUCAGUGUAAUAUCAAGUAAUGACAUUAGAACCUGCCCCGUAUCUGUAUUCUCAGUAUUUAAUUGCAAACAUCAUUUCAAUGUCUUAGCAAGAAAGAAAAUAACAAAGCAUUCUUCAUCAGGACCGAGGAGGCGAGACAUGCGCAACAAGCAAAGCGAAUGGUGAAUGACCCAGUAGUUGCAAUGCAUGGAGCCAAACUCCCCGAGUGCCAUCCCUGUAAGCAUCCAUCCUGCGCUGUUAAGAUAUAAGCAAAGAGCUGAGCCUUUCCUAAGCAUGCAGUGCAGCUGCUGUGAAAGGUUCCUACCCCGUACCUUCAGAACGGCUGCCUGCAACUUCUACAAUUGCUUGUUCCACCUCCCUGAAUAGUUACACAUUGCUUCUGAUGGUACAAAUGACAAAACCAGUUGCAAUAGCAGGCAAAGGAGCUGGCCUUCAUUUAAUACCAUACUUUAUUGUCAAGAACAACAUUCAACUGAAGAAAAAAUAUUUUUCCCUGCAUUUAAAUAGAGGGGCUUAACCAAAGACUUAAAAUUUCAAUCCUUUUUAAUUUUAGGUUUGGGGGUUUUUUUUAUUCAUACACCUAGUUCUAUUCCCAAUUCCCUAGCUUUUAGUUUGUAUGUUGGGCCCUUGAAAAGGAGGAAAUUUUCUCUCUCAUUUGAAGCAAAUCUGGAAUGAAUAUAAUUAUAAGUUGUUUUUACUGCAGUCCUGUUCAAAAAAACCCAAACCACCAAACAACCAGACAUGAAAAAUGAAGCAGGCUUUUCAUCUGUGCUGCAAACAGAGAAGCAAGCAUUCUGAAGUCUCACAAAAACCAGAUCAGUGUAAUUUAUACCCAAGCCUAAAUAGUUCAGCAUAAUUUACACCUGAGCCUAAAUGAACCCCCAAGACUUAAAAUUGAAGCUAAAUCUUACUGGCUGUUUCUUUGCUAUGUGUCUAGCUGCAAGUGACUCUGUACUGAUUCUCUAGUUAAGAGAUUAGAGGAAAGCUGAAGAAAAUUUUUAAGCAGACCAAGAGUAACAAGAAGAGUUUUCCAUCACAGAUUUACUCCUC